AUGGCUUCUCUUGGGUGUUAUUUGGAUUUUAAUUAUUAUGCUUCUAAUGCUAAUCAGGGUGGUAAGUUGUGGGUUUUCUGGAAUAUUCCUAACAUUUUUGAGAUUGUGCUUUGUACGACCCAAUCCGUGUCUGGUUGGUUCAAGUGGGAUGCUCAUCGUGUUUUUGUUACUUUUGUCUAUGCUAAGUGUUCAUAUGUUGAGAGAAGAGAACUUUGGCAUGAUUUAGAGGAGUGGACUGUUUUGGAUCAGCCUUGGUUAGUUUUGGGUGAUUUUAAUGUUAUUCGCAGGGACUCGGAAAGAGUUGGUGGGAAUCCUCGGCCUUUUAUCUCGAUGCUUGAAUUCAACGAUUGUAUUGAUCGUUGUGGUCUGUUAGAGGUUUCUAGUUCUGGCCAGCGCAUGUCGUGGUGUAAUGGACAUGGGGGAGUGUCCAGAAGUUGGGCUAAAUUAGACAGAGUGCUCAUGAAUAAUUUUUUUGCCAGUAUCUUUCCUUCUGUUCAUUUCAAUUAUUUGAGCCGAAAAUCUUCUGAUCAUUGCCCGAUGGUUGUUUGCUCGGAUCAUACAGCUUUGUCCUAUGGCCCCUCUCCUUUUCGUUUUUUGAAUAUGUGGUGCUCACAUGAUGGUUUUCUUAUGUGUGUGAAGGAAGCUUGGAACCAGCAAGAUACGGCGUCUGGCCUUCUUAAGCUCUCUAUUCGUCUGAAAAGAACCAAGAUAGCGCUUCGUGCCUGGAAUAAAAAUGUUUUUGGUAGGGUGGAUGUGAAUAUUCGUGCGUUGGAAGAGAGGUUAGAAUUUUUAGAUACCCAACUUCAAUCUGGUUUUUCUGAGGAGAUUGAGGAUGAUUUUGUGGCUACUAAGACCGAAAUUGAAAUAUGGGAGAAAAGGGAAGCUUCUCGUCUUGCCCAAAUUGCUAAAAAGAAAUGGUUGACUGAGGGAGAUCAAAAUUCGAAGUUUUUUCAUUCAGUUAUUAACCAGAGGCAUAACAAGGGGCAUAUUAGUAAAAUGGUCCUUGCUGAUGGGAGAGUUUUGUGUACUGCUGAAGAGGUUCAUGAGGAGGCCGUGAUUUAUUUUCGUAACUUCCUUUCUGAUGUCUCUACUGUGGAUCACUGUGACUUGUCGAGGAUUAUUGAGAAGAAAAUUUCAGAUGAAGAAAAUCUUUGGUUAUGCGCGGUUCCUUCUGAGUUGGAAGUGAAACAAGCUGUUUUUUCUAUUCCGAAGAAUAGUAGCCCGGGGCCUGAUGGUUUUGGUUCGGGCUUUUAUAUGUCUUGCUGGGAUAUUAUCAAAGAGGAUGUGGUAGCGGCUGCUGGAGAUUUCUUCAGGGGUGUUCCCCUAUCCAGGUUUUAUUCUUCCUCUUUUAUUGUUCUUAUCCCUAAAGUGCCUGAGCCUUCUGGUGCGUUUCUUCCCGGGCGUAGUAUUUUUGAAAAUAUUACCCUUGCUCAAGAGAUGAUUAUUGCUAACUGUGUGCAGUCUCAAUGGUUUUCUGUCAUGAUGAAUGGUACCUUAAAAGGUUUUUUCCAGUCUGCCAGGGGUCUUCGUCAAGGGGAUCCUCUUUCUCCCUACCUUUUCAUCCUCAUGGAAGAAGUUUUGUCUCCGUUGCUCAGGAGUAAUUUUCAGGAUGGUCGGAUUGGCAAAUUUAGCCAUCCUAUUGGUGCCCCUUUGGUUUCUCAUUUACUUUAUGCUGAUGAUAUCCUUAUUUUUACUAAUGGGGGUAAGAGGUCUAUUACUAAUUUGCUGCAUACGCUUGAUACUUAUGAGAGGUGGUCCGGUCAAAAAAUCAACAGGGAUAAAUCUGCUCUUUUUCUUUCUAAGCUUAUUUCUAAUUUACGUAAGAGGAGUUUGCUGAGUCUUACGGGCUUUAAGGAAGCUAAUUUUUUUUGGGGUGAGAAUGAUGGUAAAAGGAAAUAUCAUUGGAGGUCGUGGAGGCGUAUUUGUGUGCCUACCAAAGAUGGUGGUUUGGGCAUGAAAGAUCUUAAAGAGGUUCAAAAAUCUCUCCAUAUGAAGUUUGCUUUCCGUAUUUUGUCUUCUAACAAUCUUUGGUCUGAUUUUUUUCGUGCUAAAUAUAUUCGUCAUAGCCAUUUUUCUACUUACAAGGUGAAGCCAACUGAUUCUAGAUUCUGGAGAUCGCUUGUAAAGGUGCUUCCGGAAGUUAUGGACAAUGUGAAGGUCCUUGUGCGUGGUGGUAAUGCUUCUUUUUGGUUUGAUAGAUGGUUGGCUUCAGGCCCCCUUUCCAUUCGGGUGGAUGAGAUUACUAAUAACAGGCUGCGUCUUCAAGAUUGUUGGUCCAAUAAUUCCUGGGAUGAGGACUUACUUAGGGAACUGGUUAGUGAGGAGGUUGUUGAGGAAAUUAUUCAGAUGCCUAUUAAUGUUACUCCUGGUCCGGAUUUAUUUGUGUGGAAGCCUUCUACUGAUGGCCGGUUUUCUACUCGUACAGCUUGGGAGGUGGUGAGAAAGAGAGGACAGGAAUUACCUUGGCAUGAUUGGUUUUGGCACCAGCUUCUUCCUAAGCGUAUUUCUAUAUGUUUGUGGAAAAUUUGGUUCAAUUGUCUGCCUGUGGACGUUCAGGUUCAAAGUAAAGGUGUGUCUCUUGCCUCUGCGUGUGACUGUUGUGAGAGGAGGUGUAUGGAAGAUAUUGACCAUAUUUUUUCUAUGGGGGCAGUGGCUUUUGAGGUCUGGUUGAAAGCCAGUACUGUUCUGGGUAUCCCUUGUAGUUGCAAUCUUCCUUGGAAAAAUAGAGUAGCUGGCUGGUUUUCUUAUGCUAAAAAAUCCUCUUUUAAAGGUACUCUUGUUGGCUUAAUUCCUUGUAUCAUCACUUGGUGCCUUUGGAAGAGACGUUGUAAGGCUAGAAUGGAUGGCAAAUAUGAUUCGGCAGUGAUUGUUUGGAGAAGUGUUCGGGUGUGGAUUCAAUCUUUGGCGAAUAAUAUUAAUUCUGUUAGUCCUUUAUCCAUGCACGACUUGAAGAUUUUGGAAGAUUUUAAUUUAGAGAGGCCUCACAUUUCUAUGCGUCCUAGUAAAAUUGUUAAAUGGUCCAGGCCCCCUUCGGGCUGGGUGAAGCUUAAUUGCGAUGGGAGUUGUAGAGGUAAUCCGGGUAAUUCGGGAGGGGUGGCAUUAUUAGAGAUUGGAAUGGUCUGGUUAAAGGGGCUUUUUCUGCCCAUUAUGGGGUGGGAACGAAUAAUGGCGCUGAAAUGA